AUGUCUAGUCAAGGAUCUUAUCUCUCGGCACAAAAAGGCUUCCUCUCAAGCCCAGGAGGUCGCCCUGCCCCCAAGCAGUCCAACUUUUUGGUUCGAUUCAUCAACAACCAGAUCUUGGCACCCGAACAUCGGGCUGGCAACCUCUCCAUCGUUUGGGGUCUGUCCGUCUUCACAGCCGGUAUCAUUGCCGCUCGCAAGUUCGGUGAUUUGAUCACACCUGUCUUCUAA